AUGGGAUCUGACAUUGACGCCAAGACCAAGUCUUCAUUAGCCCCUGAAGAUCCCAUGUCCGCCGGCACGGUGGAUCAGAUCAUUGCCAAAGAUAUUGUUGCCAACGACGACAACGAGCGGCAUGAAGACCCAGAGAAUCCAUCAACAGAGGGUGGCAAGAAGAAAAAAACUGCCUCCUACUUCAACGUCGUAUUCAGUGGUUUUGCAUUGCUUUCAGAUGGCUAUCAAUCGGGUAUUAUCAGCUCGGUCAAUUUACUAUUGACCGCCAUCUAUGGCAAAGAAAUCUUCACCUCCACAAUGUCAUCAAGGCUAUCCUAUGCGCUAUUCGUGGGUGCUGUUAUUGGUCAACUUGGAUUUGGACUCAUCAUUGACCGUUUGGGACGCAAAAUUGGACUGAUUCUGACAACCGCUUUUGUGAUUCUUGGUGCUGCACUAUGCGCCGCAUCAUCUGGUACCACGGCAACAGGUCUUUUAUGGAUGAUGGUGAUUUCAAGAGGCAUUAUGGGCGUUGGUGUAGGAGGAGAGUAUCCAUGCUCCAGUGUCAGCGCCAUUGAAUCUUCAGAUGAAGUUGCUCCUGGUCGACGAGGUGGUCUCGUUAUACUGGUCACAAACUUUGUGAUUGAUUUAGGUUACGUCGUUUCUGCAAUUGUCAUCGUUGUCCUAUUGGCCAUCUUCAAGGAUAGUCUUGAACCUGUAUGGCGUAUUGGUUUGGGUCUUGGCAUCUUGCCACCUUUAUCAGUGCUUUAUUUCCGAUUGCGGAUGGCUGAUUCAAAGCGGUAUCGGGAAGGCGCUUUGAGAAAGCAGGUACCCUAUUGGCUUAUCUUCAAAAAGUACUGGCCUCGGGUGCUGGUUGCCUCUGGUCUUUGGUUUGUGUACGACUUUGUUGGUUUCCCUAUGGGCGUCUUUUCAAGCAUCAUUAUCGAUACCGCUGCCCCUGGUGGGUCAUUGCUUGAAGUCAGUGCAUGGAACAUUCUUUUGUACGCCUUUUACCUUCCUGGUUGUCUCACUGGUGCCUUUGUCAUUGAUCGCUUUGGUUUACGACGUACACUUGCCCUUGGAUUGUUCCUUCAAGGUGCUGUUGGCAUGAUCCUUGGUGGUGUAUACGAGCCCUUGUCGACAAAUUGCUUCCCCAUGUUUGUGAUCAUGUACGGUAUCUUUUUGGCACUUGGUGAGUUUGGGCCUGGUGAUUGCAUGGGUCUCAACGCCAUGGAAUUAUUCCCCACAGCCGUUCGAGGUACAGGAUACGGUAUCGCUGCAGCAAUGGGAAAGGUGGGUGCUACGGUGGGUACUCUUGCCUUCCAACCCAUGCAAGAUUCAAUGGGAGUACGUGGUCCCUUUUUAGUAGGCAGUGGUAUCACCUUGGCAGCUGCUGUUGUCGCUUUCUGGUGCCUGCCAGAUGGUGGACCAGACUUUUUGAACCAGCAAGAUGAAGAAUUCAAGAAGUAUCUUGCUGAUAAUGGAUAUGACAUCUCACAAUUGGGUUUGGCACCACAAAAGACCUAUGAAACCAUGGGAAAUGGUGAUCAUGCGUCUUCUUCAUCAAUCGCUGACAACAAGAACAACGUAGACUCAAGCUCAUAA